UCACUUCUUUGCGUUUUUACAAAAAAAUGUCCGUAAUUCUAAUAACGAAACACGACGAGAAUAUAUACAACAUCGUGACGACUGAGCAAGAAGAGAAAAUUAAAAGGGAGAUAAAAACGAUUCGUUCCAGACCUCCUACGUACAAGAGCAAAUUUCGCAAGUACCGUAAUGAUUACAGGAAAUGUGUCAAAGCCCAUGCCACCAUGGGGGUAGCCGAGGAGGUACUGCCAGAUCCUGCGCACUAUCUAAAAAAACAUUCAGGUAAGCCGAUAUGUUCUAACUUAUGCUAUAAGCAACAAAAGAAAGAUCCGCCGUUCCCCAAACGUGAAGUGGAGAGGGUCCCUUCGUUCAACCAAUGGAAGAACCGAAUCAUCAAGCACGAUCCCCCGAAGGACUUCGUCCUGGAGAACAUUAAAAAAAUUUCGAAUAUGAAACCGAAAGAGCCUGAGCAACGAUUGGUCGUAGACCAUACCGGUACCAGCAAACCACUGCGUCCAGGGUUAGAACCUAUAUUUAUUAGAUCAACACAUUUUGGUAAAGCUCCACGUUAUUUGCUGAAUAUAAUCGAUCUAGAUAAAAAGAAAUACUUGACGAUAAAGGAAGAAAGCGGGAUACAGAAACCAAAGUGCAGAUAUAUUACAAGAGAAGAGAGAGCUCAAUUAUUGAAAGGGUUGAAACAGAAUUGGGAAGAGCUUCAGAAACAGUAUCAAGGUUUGCCUAUUCUGACUGAUACGAUCCCUAAAAUGGUGCGAAAAGAUAGAAUAGAAUCGAAUCUAAAACAAAUUGAGAAAGAUAUCCAACUUGUCGAAAGACAUCCCUAUAUUUAUGUUUAUGAUGACGAUAAUUUCCCGUAA